CACGGGUUGAUCAGCUGAUGGGGAAGCAGGCUCUCUGAGCUGUGUGUGUUUCCACCACUGCAGGGAGGAAAAAGGAUCUGUUGCUACCAUGCUGCGCCCGAAGGCCCUAACCCAGGUCUUGAGCCAAGCCAACACUGGAGGGGUCCAGAGCACCCUACUUCUGAACAAUGAGGGAUCUCUACUUGCGUAUUCUGGUUAUGGAGACACAGAUGCCAGGGUCACGGCAGCCAUCGCCAGUAACAUUUGGGUGGCCUAUGACAAGAACGGUCACCAGGCUUUCAAUGAGGACAACCUGAAAUUCAUCCUUAUGGACUGCAUGGAGGGUCGUCUCCAGUCUUACAGAUUGGCGAAUCUCUUGCUGUGCAUGUAUGCAAAAGAGACUGUUGGAUUUGGGAUGCUGAAAGCCAAGGCCCAGGCCCUUGUCCAGUAUCUGGAAGAACCUCUCACACAAGUGGCAGCGUCCUGAGCAAACUGCAGAGGGGGAGAGUGAAGGUCGCAUGAGGCAGGCGCAGCUCAACGAACCCUUCCCCCAAAAGCUCUUGUAAUGGAGAACUGGUGAAGUGGGCUUGUGAGUGGAUCCAGGAGCAAUCCAGACAUUGACCUCACACUGAAAACUACCUGGCAGCAGUGGGGGAUGCUUGGGGCCUAUUUUUAAGGUAGUUAAAAAUAAAAUCGAGUAUUUGACAGUGAA